UAUUUUGAGUGUGUGGAAAUGGAGGGAGGAAGCUUUGGAGCUGGAUUGAUUGCUUAGAGCACAAGAGUGAAAGGGUUUUUGACCCUUUCUUUGAGAUGGGGAACCAGUGGUAGAGAGAUGACAACUGAAAUACAUCCAAUUGCCUUCAUCUUCCUCUUCACUCUCCUGUUUCCACCCUUCUCCGACAUUUGAUGGGCACUGUUGUUUGCCAAGAAACACAAUGGUCAUGGGUUUCAAGUUAAAUCUCAAAUUGGGCCCUCCAUUUAAGUCCCCUUUCCUCACCAAUUCCUCGCCUCGGCCUUCUUCAUGCUCGUCUAGAGGUAAGGAGACUUCAUAUGAGUCAGCAAGGCUGUCUUUGGCAUUUGUUAUUAGCGGACAGAGUGAGAAUUCACAUAACGAUCCUUUGAGAGCACAUAAAUAUUCAUCUGCUCUACAAACCUUAGAGAAUGAUUACUCAGACAAGGAAGAAGCAAAGAUGAAUAUUGACAAGACGGCCCAUAGCUGCAUACAGAUGCUUGAUGAUAACAUCCAGAUGACAACUGUAGAGGAUAAAUCGUCAUUUCUUACAAGCUUGCAAGCAAGCAAGGCAUCAGCAUCACCUUUUGGUUUAUUGAUGGAAAAUCUUGAUAUGUUGGAGGCAACAUUUUCUGAUUCAGAUGUGGGAAGGCUGGAAAGGGAUAUUUUGACGCAACUAGAAAGGCUUGGAGCUCUAAAUUUGUUCCUUACCUGUCUAUCCAGGACCCUUGAGUCCUCACCCUUUUUUGAUUUGUCUGACAUUCCAACUCAGAUUAUUAAAGAGCCUCAAAUGAAUGGCAAUGCAGAUGUUCACAUGGGUAAGGUUAUUGUUCGCUCUGGAAAGAAGGAAGGAAGAAAAUCAAGAAGAAAGAGAACUUCAAGAAGAGCUUCUGGACAGGCAUUGCCACCAUCAAUAUCUAGUCAAAAGGAUUUUCAUCAAGCUGAUAUCUCCUCUAUAAAAGGACGAUCAAACUUGAAAAGUAGAAGAGCUACUAUUGCUAGGAAUGAAGCUGAAAUGUCAAGGGGUGUUAAGUUGGUUGAGAACUUGGAAAGAAUCAGAAUGGUACUAGAAGAAGAAACUGGACAAACAGCUAGCUCGAGUAACUGGGCAGAAGCUGCUGGAGUAGAUGUGAAGGUGUUGCAUCAGCAGCUGCAUUUUGGUUGGUAUUGUAGGGAUGAGCUUCUGAGAAGUGCAAGGUCCCUAGUUUUAUACCUUGCACGAAACUACAGGGGACUUGGAGUGGCCCAUGAAGAUUUAAUUCAGGCAGGAAAUUUAGGUGUCCUGCAAGGUGCAGUAAGGUUUGAUCACACCAAGGGUUAUAAAUUCUCAACUUAUGUUCAGUACUGGAUAAGGAAAUCGAUGUCAGCAUUGGUGGCGCAGCAUUCAAGGGGAAUUAGGAUUCCGUUCACUUUAAGCAAGGCAAUAAAUCAGAUACAGAAAGCUCGAAAGACCCUAAACAGCCGCCAUGGUAGAUACCCAGAUGACGAUGAAAUUGCAAGGUUAACUGGAUUGUCCUUGGCCAAGAUAACUUCAGCAAGCAAAUGCCUGAGAGUUGUGGGUUCUAUUGAUCAGAAAAUGGGGCAUUCAAUCAGUGCUAAGUUUUUGGAGUUUACACCAGAUGCAUCGAUAAAGAGCCCUGAAGAAACUGUUUUGAGGCAACAUAUGAUAAAAGACAUUUAUGAUCUGGUGAACAACCUGGAUCUGAGAGAGAGGCAAGUCCUGGCCCUGAGGUUCGGGCUCGGCGACCAUCAUCGCAAGUCGCUCGAGGAGAUUGGCAGGCUUUUCGGUGUGAGCAAGGAGUGGAUAAGGAGGAUGGAGCUCAGAGCUCUGUCAAAACUAAGGCAUGAAAAUUCCCAGAAAAGUUUGAGCCACUAUUUGUACUUGUAGAUGCGGAUUAAUCCCAACAGGGCUAUGGCCAGAGCUUUUAGAGUUGUGCUUGGAGCCUUCAUUCUUGUCGACUUCUUAAUUUGGAGUAAGGCCAGAUGAAUCUGUGAAGCAGAAACUGAAGAGUAGAAUCAUUUUGGUGAUCUCCGAGGAAAACUCAAACUCAUGAGCAGCAUCUGAUGAUCAGCGUUGAUGCUUAUGCGUAGAAUUCCAAAUAGUGAUCCAACUCCACACCAACAUUUGUAUAAUCUUUUCCUUUUUAGUUUUCACAUAUCCUUUAGUUUUCCCUUCCAAAGAUGCUGUGUUUUCUUCUCCCUUCCCCUCUCCUUUCUUGUAUUUAUUUAACUACAAAUCACUUUGGCAAGUGUUUUUGUUUUUAAUAUGUAAUCAUCAAUAAGCUCCAUCAUCCUGUAUGGAAA